AGAUCUUAUUUCACCAAUCACAUCCUCACCACACUCCACUCACUGUGUUCUCUGGGCUCUGUAUAAAUACAUACACACAGUUACUUACAAUCACAAAGUCUUGUUUAAGUCAAGUAAACAUAAAGAUGGUGGAGAAGACAAAGAUGGUGGUGAAGGAGGAGAAGACCCAAAUGGUUCACUCACCCAUUCUCACUUACUUUUCCAUGCUUUCCCUUCUUUCUUUGUGCCCCCCUUUUGUUAUUUUACUAUGGUAUACCAUGGUUCAUGCUGAUGGGUCUAUAUAUCAGACAUUUGAUUUGUUCAGGCAGAAUGGGCUUCAGGCAUUUUAUGAUAUUUGGCCAAAACCCAGUAUGACUGCGUGGAAAAUUAUAUUUUGUUAUGGAGCUUUUGAGGCUGCACUUCAAUUGUGGCUACCUGGAAAGAGAGUCGAAGGACCAAUUUCUCCUGCUGGGAAUAGACCUGUCUAUAAGGCGAAUGGCAUGGCAGCAUAUGCAGUGACAUUAAUUACUUACCUUAGUCUUUGGUGGUUUGGGAUAUUAAACCCUUCCAUUAUCUAUGAUCAUCUUGGAGAAAUAUAUUCAGCCCUUAUUUAUGGCAGCUUCAUCUUUUGUAUUUUGCUAUACCUAAAGGGUCAUGUGGCACCAUCGUCUACCGAUUCUGGUUCAUCAGGCAAUGCAAUAAUUGAUUUCUAUUGGGGUAUGGAGCUAUAUCCUCGCAUCGGCAAAAACUUUGAUAUCAAAGUGUUUACCAACUGCAGAUUUGGGAUGAUGUCUUGGGCGGUUCUUGCUUUGACUUAUUGCAUAAAGCAGUAUGAAACAAAUGGAAAAGCAUCUGAUUCAAUGCUGGUAAACACUGCGCUAAUGCUAAUCUAUAUUACAAAAUUUUUCUGGUGGGAAGCUGGAUACUGGAAUACCAUGGAUAUUGCACAUGAUCGAGCCGGUUUUUAUAUAUGUUGGGGAUGCUUGGUGUGGGUUCCAUCUAUCUACACUUCUCCGGGCAUGUACCUUGUUAAUCAUCCCGUGAAUCUUGGAAUCCAACUUUCUCUGUAUAUUCUUCUAGCAGGCAUAUUAUGCAUAUAUGUCAAUUAUGAUUGCGACAGGCAAAGGCAAGAGUUUCGUAGAACAAAUGGGAAGUGUGUGGUUUGGGGAAAAGCACCAUCAAAGAUUACCGCUACAUACACUACCAGUUCUGGUGAGACAAAAACCAGUCUUCUCCUGACUUCAGGAUGGUGGGGCAUAUCUCGUCAUUUUCAUUACUUGCCAGAAAUAUUGGCUGCCUUUUUUUGGACAGUACCAGCUCUUUUCAGCCAUUUUCUACCGUACUUUUAUGUUGUCUUCCUUACCAUCCUUCUUUUUGACCGAGCCAAAAGAGAUGAUGAUAGAUGUCGGUCAAAGUACGGAAAAUACUGGAAGUUAUAUUGCCAAAAGGUUCCGUACAGGAUCAUACCAGGCAUGUACUGAGUGUUUGUUGUAUCCAUUGGCCAAUAGUCGACCAUCGACUAUGAUCCAUCUGUGGGAUCAUUACUAUUAGUAUGCUUCAUCUUUAUAAGCCUGUACCUAUGGAACAGGUCUUGUAAGCUUAAAAUUUUCAACAUAAUAAUGGUAUCAGGUGUUUUUAGACA